GAGAAGAAACACCGACAGGGCGCGCACCGCCGUUCGGGACUUGCAAGGAACAGCGGAUCAACAGCAAGCGUUCGCCGCCUAGCGCCCUGUCACUUCCGGGACGGUCCGUCAACAUCGUCACACACGUCGCGGCGAUGACCGCCCGCCCGAACUCUCCGAGCUUCGCUCCCGUCUCGGGAUGAAACUGCGGCGACUUUCCUGUCGCUAAGAAGUCGUCACCAGGGUGAUAAAUCGCCGUUGGCAGCCUCCUUCAGAGUUCUCCGGACGGGCCAGCCUACCUGCGGCACCGAUUGACAGGUGACAGCCUCGGAUCUGAGAACGUGGAGAGUGUAUUCUGACACGAAGCCAGCCCCAGAACACACGACAUCAGCACCUUCGGCGCAUCCACUUGGUCGGGAAACCUGCUCCACUGCGGACGUUGGACAUUUUACCCGAAGUCGACAUGGAGGACGAUGCGAGCGAUGUACGGAUCGCACAGCCGACUGAAGGACUUCCGAUCGAGGCUUGAUCGCUCUCGAAUUGCACGCAGCGCCGUACAACGUGUGUGUGGUGUCUUGCUCUCUGAAACUCUUGCAUCCGCCCGCCGGGAUCUGCGUAGCGCGGCAAAAGCAACAGUUGGCACAUUAUUAAUGGGACAAUACUGGCACGAUUCUCCACAGGUCUGACGCCAUCUGCCUGUUCAUCUACCGUGUGAAACUCCCCUACAGACCUCUACUAUAAAGUCAUAAGGUAGAGUCCGAUAGCUGUUCAGUAAUUAAUUUACGUAGUUGUGCCAGUGUCGAUAUUAUAUGGAAUUAAUCCAGAAGUAGUGCAGUAUAAAAAUUUGUCUAGCAGUAAUAUAGUCUGUGUACUGCUUUAGUGGAAAGUAGUAUAAAGUACUGUUUCUCAGGCGUCAGACGGCUGCUGACAUCUGAGGAAACUAGCGAUUACGUACUGCGUUAAAAAUAGCUCGCGGAAGGUCGCGCAGCAGUGUUGCAAAAAAACACACGCGAAAGACAGCAAUUUCGGAGCAACAGCAGUCGAAGCUGUUUGCGUCUUCCAACAGAGCUGCUCCUGGAUGGUAGUGUUCUUGAAAUCUGACGCGAAAGGUGACUUUUAAUCCGUGUGCUGAAUCGAAGUAAAUGUCAUUGUUUUACUUAGCAGUUUAACGAGUAAAUAGAAGACAGACGAGCUUGUUUCGUAUGCAGUGAGAGUGGAAUGACGGAAGCGCACGAGUUACGAAGAUAAACCUGCUGCUGUCAAAACUGACGUCUUUGUCUAAACUGGUGUUUAAAAGUUGUCUGACAUUUGUUGUGCCAUAAAACAGGUGUAUCACUAGUAGCAGUGAAAACAAUUCGACGUAAUCUGACUACUUGUCUGUGCAGGGUAGUAGCGUAUUUUAGGGUAAAAAAAAAUAGUACACUGCCUGUGUCGGAAGGAAUAUUUCUCCUCGUGUGUCAACAGACCAGAACGGUGAAAUAUAUAUAUAGAAAGUGUGCCCUGGAGCGCAAGACACCUGUCGCGUUUAUCGGGAGAUAUAACUGUCGGAGCAACUUGGCAGCAGGUCCGGGAGAAGACGAGAAGAAACGAAGAGAGCGGCGGUGAAGACGACGACGACGACGCGCGGUGACCACGCUACUCGGCCGUCAGCUGUUUUCCAGGGACGCUUCCAGCUCCAGAAGAAGGGGGAGCGGCCGGCGAGAGGGAAAAUUUACGACCCACCGGGCGAUCAAUUAUUGUCCGCGACUGGAGGCCAGCCCUACGUGCGUGCGUGCGUGCGCCGCUGCGUAGCGCUUCCAGCACGCGCCGCGCCGCUGCCAGGCGACGGGAAAAGCGGAAAAUUGCGCCCAGGGGCGUGAUGGGCGCCCGAUGAGCGACGCCGUAACUGGUGUGGAGACGGCGUGAGAGCAGCGGACAGCACCCAAGUCCAGCCACCUCUCCCCAGCGCGGGACCCUCGGCAGCCACCGCCUCGACCAUUGAUCCCCAACAGUGCAACCCGGCGUACGCCGCCGCCAUGAGUUCCUACCAGUUCGUCAACUCGCUGGCGUCCUGCUACGCAGCGCCGCAGCAGCAGCAACAGCAGCAGCAGCCGCCUUCGCAGCAGCCGCCCCCGCAGGCGCCGGGCGGCGGGGGCGGGCGUCCCGGUCUGGCGUCCCCCGGGGGCGGCCAGGACUACUACGCCCCCAGCGCCGCCGCCGCCUACCCGCCGGCGUGCUACUCGCCCCAGCAACAACAACAACAGCAGCAGCAGCAGCACCAUUACGGACAGUACGGGGGCGGAGGGCCGGCCGCGCUGCAGAACGGCGGCGGGGGCGGCGCCGGGGGCAGUGCCGCCGCCGCCGCGGCUGCAGCGGCCGCCGCCGCUAUGAUCGACUACACGCAGCUGCACCCGUCGCACCAGCAGCGGCUGGCGCCGGCGCAGAUGCACCACCAGCACCACGCGGCGCACCACCAUCACCACCACCACCCGCAGCAGCACCACGCGUCGCCGCCGGGCGCCGUGACGCCGCCGCUGGUGGGCGUGGUGCCGCCCCCGGCGCUGCUCGCGUCCGCCGCCUCCCAGCAACAGCAGCAGCAGGGCACGCAGCAGGCGGCCAGCUGCAAGUACGCCGACACCGCCGCCGCCGCCGCCGCCCCCGCGGCCUCGGGUGGCUCCUCCGGCGCCGGGGGCGGCGUCGCGUCGCCGCAGGACCUCAGCACGGGCUCCGGCCGCUGCAGCCCGCCGGGCGUCAAGGUCAUCCCCUCGCCCGCGACUCCGGGCUCCGCCUCCGCGGCGGCUAGGGGCGGCGCCUCCCCGGGGGCGGCGUCCGCCUCCGGCGCGGGGGCGGCCGUCUCUCAGAGCUCCUCGUCGCCGGCGUCCAGCACGUCGUCCACCUCCAGCAACGCUAACGCCGCGGGAGGCGGGAGCGGCGCCGGGGGCGGCGGUGCGUCCGGUGCCGGGGGCGGCAAGCAGGGCUCUGGCGCUGGCAGCGCCUCCAGUGGGACCGCGGCGGCUGCCACAACUAAUCCUCCGCAGAUCUACCCCUGGAUGAAGAGGGUGCACCUCGGGCAGAGCACCGUGAAUGCCAAUGGGGAGACGAAGCGGCAGCGCACGUCGUACACGCGCUACCAGACGCUGGAGCUGGAAAAGGAGUUCCACUUCAACCGCUACCUGACGCGCCGCCGGCGCAUCGAGAUCGCGCACGCGCUCUGCCUGACCGAGCGCCAGAUCAAGAUCUGGUUCCAGAACCGGCGUAUGAAGUGGAAGAAGGAGCACAAGAUGGCCAGUAUGUCUGCCGGCGAUUUCCACCUGGCGUCACUCCAGGAUGAAGGCUACGCGUUCCACCAGGCGAUGGGCAUGGGGGUGGGUCCCAUGCAGAGAGGCCUGUACGCGUGCGGCAGCCCCUACAGUUAGUGGGAGUGGCAGCACUGGGGCCAACAACAGUAGUAGCACUGCACAAGCGGCCGGUGGCAGCGCCUGCUGCGAGGCGCCGCGCCGCGUCUCGAGUGGCAGGCCUGUCUCACGGACACUGCUGCCAACCCAGCGGCGAGAAAGGAACUGCACUUCCCCCAGUUGCACGGUUUUCCCUCUUCUAGCACAAACGACACACACGACACUAAUGUACGAUUGUCUGAAGAGGAAAAAAUCUGUGGGGUUGACAGCACUCCCUUCUCUUUACCUUUAUUUUGCCACAAAAAAAGGAAAAGCGCUUUGGGAAGGCCAGUGUCUACAUUGAUGGAUCAUCAGUUGUGCAGUGAUAAAAAGACAACUCUACUACUAUUUUGGCUUCAGUGUAGCCGAAGCAAAUUACUUGAGUCUCAUUAGAGAAAUCAGAAACAAAAAAACAUUUUAUGUACUUUUGAUGCAGCGCAGUAUUUCGUGAAUCCACCGUAUUUAACUUAUAGGGUGAUUAAAAGUGAUCUAUCAUCCACCAAUAGGCAUCAAAAAUUUCAAAACACAGCAAAAAUCGCUCUACAACCACAUGAUUAAACCAUUUGUCAGCAAACUCCACAGAAUAUAUUAGAAUUGAUUCUGUAAGUGACAUUUAUAUAUGCAAAAGAUACGUCUGCAGAGGUGUACAGUAUUUCACAACCAACUAUUUUCCAUUCAUAAAAAACUUAAAGCAUCACUCAAACUCAAGAUCCAAUGUAAAUUGCAGUGCAGUGGUAAAUUUUGGACACUAUCCUGGUGUAACAAAUUAUUAAAAUAAAAUUAAUAUCCAGAGGUGGUUGAGUAAGUCUGAUGCGGUUUCUGCAAUAUUGCAAUGAUCACUGUGACAGCUUGAAACAAUCUAAGUAUUAUGUACAGUGAAACAUGAAGACGUGUUUAAUUUUCAAGUGGACAGUGAGAUAUUUGAAAUAUAGUUUACUUUGUACAUAAAAUGAAGCUGUGGAACAGUUAGAUACCUGAAUAUGAGCAGUUAACUUAUUGCCUGAUACCCUGAUAUUGUAUUGAUAAAAUAUUUACUCUAGUAUAAAUAUGCAAAAUAUUUAUUUUAACGUUUAUGUGAAAAAGUCAGAAAUGACAGAGAAUUUACUGUAUAUUAUUCAUGAGCACGGAAUGCUGCCACUAAAUACCUAUAGCAAAUAAAUGUUUCCAUUCCAUUCAGGCAAAUGCUACUCUGUUCUGUGCCAUGGCUGUUGAUGUCAAGCGUUCAUUCAACAAGUACUUUUUAUAGUUCAAUUAAGGACUGUGGCUGAUGUUUUCUAUCUCCUUUGCUUUCAUUGAAUUGUCUCAUUAAUUAGAAAAAAUACAUAUAUUUCACAAUGCUCUGUCACUACAUACUUUAAGAAUACUGCAUUGUUUAUAGAAUAAAGCUAUAAAGCUCGUAUAUCGUCUAGAAAAAGAUUUGUCUUCUUGGCACUUAAUAUUCUCUUCUAUUAAACAGUCUUAAUCAGAAGGACCCAAUACUGAGACUUCUCUGCAUUAUAUUGAUCAGGAUUUAGGAUGAGGAGGAUAUGUGUCAAGAUGACAAACUUUUCGUAAUAAGCUUCAGCUGCUACUUGAAACAAAAAAAUAUUCAGUCACUGGCAGUGUCAUAAACAAUAUUUUAGAAUUUAAGGCAUACUCCUAAUUGAUAUUUGCUCCUGUAAAUCUCAUGUCAAUGUGAUGUGUAAUUAUUAAUUUGUAUGAUUGUUUAUAUUAUAAAUGUAUAAAUAUAAAAACCUUCUGUGUAUAUAAGUGGAAAAAACAACUCGAAACCGUCUGGUCUAUGAAUAUGUGAUUGAUGAUGCAUUACAGUGACUUCAUGUGUGGUGUAAUCUGAAAGCGUGUGUCGUGUAUGUGUGUCAAUAUAAAUAUGUCGAUACCUAGGUAAUGUGAAAAAAUCUUGGACAAAAAAAUGUAAAAUUAAUAUAGAACUUGCAGUUACAAAGAGUUACUCUCUUAUGUGAAUCCUAAUUGAAUAAAUUAAACACUGUAUUCAA